AUUUUGUAAUUAGACAACACGGAAAUAGUCCUACAUAUUUCUCAGUUAAAUUUUAUAAACUUUUAUUUUUAAGUGUUUUAUUUUUGAGGUGAAACGUCCACAGAUUUUUAUGCACCUGCUGAAAAGAGCCUUGCAAGCUGUGGUUAUAAAACAUAUAAACAGACAGCGGUAUAAACAAACAAUGAGUUCCGAGGACGACACCGUUAGCUGGCGAGGGGUGCCAAUAACAGAGAUUUAUGGAUCGCAAAGUCCUUGGGGCGCUCCAGAAUUCCCGCUAAUCGUACCGUCGUACAACCAUGCAGUUUUAUACCACAUCCCUAGCACGGGACGGUCGCCAGACGAUGUCCCGCCUAAACCGAAAACAGGCACCGAUGUAUGGAACCAUGAUUUUGUGAGAAUGCCAUAUUCUAGCCAAAGCUUGUAUCCAGUUGAAGAUAGAAAUGGAGAAACUCAUUUGAGGAAACGAUGGGAAAUCAUAGAGAGUGCGCUAUCUAAGCCAAUUCGUAACAGCAAAGAACUUGCCGAUGCAAUACUAUCAUACAAUACAAAAUUUCAAACUGCGUGGAAGUUCAAAGCUCUUCAUAAACUCUUUGACCAUUAUCUAGAAGAGGAAGAGUCACAGUAUUUCUUUGAUGUGACGUUGCCUGAAAUUGUGAAAUUGACAUUAGCUCUGCCCAAACUGGUCCCAGCUCCUAUACCUCUGUUAAAGCAACACAGGAACAGGUCUAUUUCACUGUCACAGCAGCAAAUCUCAAGUUUACUGGCCAAUGCUUUCUUCUGUACAUUCCCACGACGAAACACAACCAAAAAAGAAUCAGAAUAUGCUUCAUAUCCUUUCAUAAAUUUCAACAGGUUAUUUAAUGCUUCACCAUCAGAUUCUGUGCUAGAGAAACUCAAAUGCAUUUGCCAUUAUUUUAGAAGGGUCUGCACAAAAGUGCCGUCCGGCGUAGUGACGUACUCCCGGCGGACGGUGCCGCCGGACAGAUGUCCGGCGUGGGCGACUUCGCCGCGAUCGCUGGCGGCGCUGCCGUUGCAUGUGGAUUCCCACACUACUAUUGAGGAUGCCGAUGGAUUAAUACAAGUGGACUUUGCUAACAAGUUCCUAGGCGGCGGAGUACUAAAUUUUGGCUGUGUCCAGGAAGAAAUCAGAUUCGUAAUAUGCCCAGAGCUGAUGCUUUCUAUGCUGUUCACUGAGAUGAUGAAGCCUAACGAAGCACUUAUGAUGAUAGGUUGUGAAAGAUACAGCAAGUACUCCGGAUACGGCGGUUCGUUCCACUGGAGCGGAGACUUCAAAGACACCACUCCCUUCGACUCGUCGGGCCGCCGCCGCUGCGCUGUGCUCGCCAUCGACGCCUUGCCGUACAGCAGCAUCAGGCAUGAGCACACCCGCGACAUGAUCACACGGGAACUUAAUAAGGCCUGGAUCGGCGUAUCCUACGCCACCGACGAGUCGGCCACUAGCCUACAAUACCCGGGCGUAGCGACUGGCAACUGGGGUUGUGGCGCGUUCGGCGGAACACCACGUCUCAAGGCGCUCGUCCAAUUAGCUGCGUGCGCGCAAGCAAGGCGGCCCGUCGCGUACUACACGUUUGGAGACGCGCGACUGAGGGACGAUAUAGUGGCUGUGUAUAAUUUGCUGGCGAGGCAUAAUGUUACUGUUGGACAACUAUACAACUACAUAAUGAAGUACACGAGCACAGACGUCAGGCGGUGCGAGCUGCCUUCGUUCCUGCAGCAGACGUUGCUCGACGACGAGGCGAAGGCUUCUAAUACGGCGCCCGCUGACGUUACGUCGCCCGGUCCGUCGAAUAAAAUGGACAUGAGUGAAGAUCUAUCAGAGUCAGUCCUAAAAGAGUUUCUCAAUGAAUCGCCAGACUUAUUUUCACAAAGUGAAUACGAUCAGGAUCACAGUAUGACUGAAGUUAAAAUAAAUAUGCCCGAACCCAUGGACGAGUCAGAUAAUAGAGAAUCAAGUAUGUCUCAAGACAAAGAAACUAAAUCUUCUACAUGCAAACCAGUUUGCAACCCAAGUUACGUAAAAGAAGGCGAAGAUAAACAUAAUAAGUCCUCACGUAGUGAAUUGUCGGUUAAAAGAAGUUUUUUUGGCGAUGUAAAACCUAGAAAAAGCAUUAACACUGAACAUACAUCAAGGCUGUUAGAUGAAAUGCGAAAAUUCGACGAAGAAAAUGGCGACCUGAAUUUGACCGAUCCUGUUACGUAUCUCAAAAGAAGUGCGGAACCCAUGGAUGCGUCGGAUAAUAAAGAAUUGGAUAAAUCUCAAGACAAAGAAAAAGCUUCCAAAAACAAGCAAUCUUAUUCCUUACAUAGUUUGGACAAGAUACAAAUAAUUGAUGAAGAUAAUGGUAAACAAAACCAGGGUACACUAAACACGUCAUUACCGACAUUAAGAAGAAAACUCUUUGAUACUAGAGUGAAUGAAACGCAAAAGGUUUGUGCAGAUGACAAGUCGAAGUAUUUUGCCACGUUGCCGCUCAAAAGAACUGCGGAAUCGAAACUAAACAAAAGUGUAUGUUCAGAAGAAGAAAGAAUCCGGUACGACGUAACUCCAGAGGCGAAGAAAAAAAUGGCCAUGAAAAUCACGGACUACUUCAGCAAGAAGUCCAUUUGAUGAUUGUUCAAGUGUCUGUGUGUUCUGAAAUUUUUCGCACUGAUGGCGCUUCUGGGCUCUCGAAUGUACUUGAAGCUGUGUUUGCUGACCUUGACGAAACCGGAGUGAUUAUGUAAGUUGCAAACCCGGUCCUUGACGAAACCGGAUUGAUUUUAUGUAAGUAGCUAACCUGGAUCUUGACGAAACUGGACUGAUUUUAUGUAAAUAGAUAACCCGGUGGUGGUGGUCGUCAAUGAAAAUUGAUUUUACACUCGAGUAAAAUCUCUUUUUUAUAUGUUUUUUGUAGUAUCAAUGAACAUAAUAUUAUUUUAUGUAAUGUAAUUCAAACCACAUUUUAAUAACCUGUAAAAUACCGGAUUGCCAAAAACCGAAUCCAGACCACAAAUUGAAACUCAGUGUAAAAAAUUUGAUUCACUAUGAAUUUUAAAGUAAAACGUAGCGUAAUUUAAAGAUUUAAAGGAUGUGGGAAAGGUAUGGUUGUGUGUAUGUUUUUUGAAGUAGAACAAUUUUUAUUUAUAUUUGUGUAGUUAUAGUACCUACUGGCUUUAAAUCUAAAAAUAAUUUCACAUGUAUUUUAUGUAAUAUUAUUGAAUUUGAAAAAUAAAACACUCCCCUAAUAUAAUUAAAAUUAUUUAUUAUCCGUCAUCAUAUUUCUAGCAUACUAAACGUAAUAAGUGUAUAAUAAUAAAUAAUUGAAUAGUAAUUUAGUUUUGAAAUAUUUCAGCAAUAUACAUAUUAAUAACUCGAUAAUAGGUUUAAACGUCAUUAACUAAAUUAGACAUGCAAAGUAGGCAAAUUAUUAUUGUAUUAGUUCCAUAAUAAUGUUUCUCAUAACGCACGCAUCGACUGCGCGUCUGAUUAGUCUAAAACUAUAAAUAAAUUAAUAAUUAUGUAUAAUAAAUAAAAAUGAACAAUUACAAUUAACUAGCGACGCUCCAAAAAGUGAUCAUAACACUCUUAUUUUACAAUUUUUGGCGAUCUGUAAUAACAAUAAGUGAAUAAACAUCUCAAUAGUCAGCGGUCAGCCGCCUGACUGCCCUGGGAGGCUCAACGUACAAUGCUAAGGAAACCGGCUCGUGCGAUUUGUACCUACGCCAGUGGACAUACAGGUAGUUCGGACUAGUCUGGUUUGGUGGUUCUGUCGAUGUAGGCACAAAUCGAACGCGGAAAGACAGACUCGACUCUCUUGGCGGCAGGUCUGAGGUAGUCGGUCGCGACGGGCCUUGUCCGACGCCGGCGAGCGAGCCCGAGCUGCUCCGUAUAACGAUGAGCUAUAAAAUUCAAGAAACUACUUUGUCCUUAACAUUACAACCCGAACGAUUCGGUCACAAAGAGGGCAUCUGUCUAUCGUAACACGCUGUUCAUAACGGCUCCAACAUUCAAACUUGGUUCGCGUAACGACCUAUCCUUAGUGGAAUCGACAGAAUUUUAAAGUGGGUAUAAGUCAUUCUUAUUUUUUAAUCUCCGCUAAAAUUAGACUAAUUUGUCAUCAACGACUGAUAUCCACUUUUUAUAAAUGACUCUCGAUUAAUGUAUAAUUCCUGUUUUACAAUAGUUACAUAUGUCGUUCAGUUCACGUGCGAACGAAAGGUUUGGGAGUGGCUCGAUAUAAUACAUAAAGGUUCAAUGGACGUAUGUACAAAGCGUAUCACAGGCGCGCGCGCCGGCGCCGCGCUAAGCUAUUGCGAACGGCUGCUGUGCUCCGCGCCGAGGCCCGAAGUAUUUUCUGCGCUCUCCUAUUAUCAUAUUCUAAAUCAGUUACAUCAUAUUCCUUUUCUAAUUCCGUUUCAACUAAUCGUCCAUAUUAUAUACAGCUACAACUAUGUUCAAUUGCCUAACUACGCGUUGGAGGUAAAAGUUCGGAGAGCGCGCGAAAUAAUUCGGGACCAGGGUGCUUGCACUUUGUGUACUCUUAAACUAUUCCAAUAUAAGUUAUCCAGAACAAUGCUUGGGACAUAGUUUAGGAGUAUCGGCGUCUACUCCGCCGCGGCCGGGACUGGGCGACCAACGCCGCGUCCUGUAGUUUCUUAACAGAUAUAUAUUUUGGUAACUUACAUGGAUACAACCUUACAAUGUAGGUAAACUAAAGCUUGUUAAUUCCAAUCGGUUGAACGGAGAGUGUCGUGGAUCGAAAUAUAACGGUUUGUUAAGUCGCCCAUAUAACAAUAUGUAAUCUUAUUCAAUAGCCUCGCGCCGAUCUAGAUCGGCGAAUGAUUAUGAUUCCACUUAGCAUUAACACAGCGACACCCUGUCACCCGCCCGAGAGCCUCGGGGCAAAAGGCUAGUAAGCUCCUAAAGAUAUGACAUAUGUAUGUACACGUUCAAUUAUUGUGGAACUAAUAUACACGUUGUUGGUUCGGGACAUCUGCCUUCCUACUCACUUCCAUCUCUAGAGCAGCUCGUAAGGGAUACAGAGUAAUUACAAUCGAGUUCGGACGGCGCUUGUUUGUGAGGCGGCGCUGGGACCAGCGGCCUUCAUAGCUGAUCUAUGACAGUAACAUCGUCUACCUAAACCAUUAUAUCUCCUUACUAAGGUAACUUUAAAAUCCUAUCCUAACCAAACGGUUAUACCAUUCAUAACGCGUGAUCUACCGCUCUAUACUGAUAAAUUAUAUCAAUUAAUCUUAAUUUUAAACGUAUCUUCUAUAGGUAAAAUAUGGAUCAAAUUAGUUAAGUAUCAUUUAGGCGAUACAGUAUUCUGGAUAACUUAUCAAAACAUUCAUAGUAAUAGUAUUUCUCAUAUAAGUACUGUAAGUAAUAAAAGCCGGUGUACCAUGAAACAUCAUAGUUAAGUAAAUAUCAUUAAAGCAAGUCGGUAACGUAACGUGUGCUUCCAAAAGUAACGGCCUAGUGACUAAAUAAACAACUAAACUCGUCCGCAACGUACUGCGGCACCCAACAGGAAACUGUGCUCCAAGCUAAACUAUGUUAAGCGAUAGAAAAAAAUAAAUAACAGAAGGAGAUAUGACUAGAUUGUUUGUUUCAUUCCUAGGUCCUACAAUUCAUAUAAGCACUAUGCGCAUCUCUCCAUAUUUUAAUAUAUAAAUAGUUAUUAAUAUGAUUAAUUAUUCCAAUUCUAAUGUUUCUUUUUUCCGAUUAAAAUAUUGGCAUUCAUCUUACUAACUAGCAUCGAACGGUGUUCUUUGCUGGGCCGCGGGCCGGCUGCGGCGCCCGCGCUACGGG